CUGGCGGUGGGUUGCAAUAAAUCUCUGCAUGCAAUGUAACGUAAAGUAAAUGUAUAUAAACCACAAACAAGUGACAUUAAAUAUAACAUAUAUAUAAAAAAAAGUCGCAAAAAAAAUCAUUCACAAUGGAGAUAAAAAUUACGACUGCAGAUUCUAUAUCUGAUCAGAUAAAUUUGUGCUUCGGUUCAGUAUUUUACUCAUCUCAAUAAAAGUGUUCAGUAAUUAUAAUAAUUUAAAUAAUAAUAAUAAUAAUAAUAGUAAUAAUUAAAGUUCAGUAUGACCUAGUGGUUUACAAAAUUUAAAAUAAAUUUUUCAAAGCGUAAACAUUCGGACAUCUAGAUCUUGACAAGCUCCAGCUUCAGUGCCGUGACAGAAGACAAAUUAAUUUCAAUCUCCGGCAUUUUCAUUUUUUUCUUAAAAAUUUUUUUUAUUUCAAAAAAAUUUUCACAAUUUUUAAGUCAGCUGACGUAUAAUUUUUUAUUUUUUUCAAAACGAUAAAUUACAAAAACAAAUUUCAAAAAUUGCGCCAAUAAUUUUAAAAUUUUCUAUCUGCAAAUUCGAAAAUUUCCAAUAAUUAAAUUUAUAGAAGAUUUUAAAAAAAUAUGCACAUAUUUGGUCAUACAUUUGUAACAAUUGAUGAGAAAUUUCCACGUCUUGGUGAAAGUAUGACAAAUUAGUUCACUUUGCAUUUGAAAUAAUUUUUUUAAAAAAUGUGAAGGUUAAGUUUCCAAGAAUCCAAUAAUUAUCAUAAUUAGUAUUAUUAUUAUUAUUAUUUAAAAAAAAAAUAAAAUAAGUAAUCGAGGACAAUUUGUUGAGAUAAAAGUGAUGGUGGACAUUGUCCAUGAAAUAUUUAUUGAAUCACUUGUUGAAUCUAAAUGACGAGUAAUGACGUAAUAAAUAAAUAAAUAUAAAUAAUAUCGAACAAUAAAGCAAAUAAUGGCCGAAGACGAAGGAACUGAGUGGCUGCUGGAGCUGCUGCGUGAUGUUCAGCUGUCGCAAUUUUACACUCGUAUACGUGACGAUCUCCAAGUAACGCGUUUGCAUCAUUUUGAUUACGUACAGUCUGAAGAUUUGGAAAAAAUAGGACUCGGUAAGCCGGGGAUACGUCGACUGAUGGAUGUCGUAAAGAAAAAACGGGCUGCGCAGAAGAAAAAAAAUCUGAUAACUAAAAUACGACCGGGAAGUAGUGGUAAGACCAGCAAAAGAUCAUCGCAGGUAGUGGAAACUUCUCUGCUGACUUGUCUGAUCCAAGACAAAGACGUCACGUUGUCUGUUAAGUUGGGCGAUGGUAGUUUCGGUGUCGUGCGUCGCGGCGAGUGGACGUCACCUACUGGUCGAGUACUUCCCGUUGCUGUUAAAGUCCUCAAAGCAGAUGCGCUCACCCAGCCGAGUGUCAUUGAAGACUUUGUGUCGGAAGUCCAAGCGAUGCAUACUCUGGACCACCAUAACCUGAUCCGUCUGUACGGCGUAGUGCUGUCCCAGCCCAUGAUGAUGGUAACGGAGCUGGCUCCCCUCGGUGCGCUGCUUGAUUACCUUCGCAAACAGUGCGGGCACAUCCUGGUGCUGACAAUGUGCGACUACGCGCUUCAAGUCGCCACUGGAAUGGCUUAUUUGGAAGCUAAACGUUUUCUUCACCGGGAUCUAGCUUGUCGGAAUGUCCUGCUGAGUUCCGUUGACAAAAUAAAAAUAGGAGACUUUGGGCUGAUGCGCGCGUUGCCUCAGCAAGAAGACUGUUACGUUAUGACGGAGCAUAAAAAGGUACCUUUUCCUUGGUGCGCACCCGAGUCUUUGAAGUCACGUCAGUUCAGUCACGCAUCGGAUGUCUGGAUGUUUGGCGUAACUCUCUGGGAGAUGAUGACCUUUGGAGAAGAGCCGUGGGUUGGUUUAAAUGGCUCGGAGAUACUCAGAAAAAUAGACCGUGAGGGCGAACGCUUGUAUGAACCGGAAGCAAGUCCACCGGCAAUUUAUCAGCUGAUGUUGCGCUGCUGGUCACGUGAUCCCGGAGAAAGACCAACUUUUUCAUCAUUACGCGAGUCACUGACCGGCAUGGUGCCGCCCGUUAUGAAAGCGCUCAAUCGUUUCGACGAACCGGACAAAAUGAACAUCGAACAGGGCGACCAGAUCGUUAUUAUUGACGGCAGGCCUGAAAAUUACUGGUGGAAAGGACAGAAUCAGCGGACAUUUCAAGUCGCUUUAUUUCCGCGGUGUCUUGUUGAUCCGAUGCGUCGCAAGCAGCCUGAGGACAUCAGCAAGCCGCUGGAAAACUCAUUCAUUCACACGGGACACGGAGCGCCGUUUGGUAAAAGCUGGGGCAGCCCUCAGUUUAUCGAUGACGUCUAUCUCCGGAACCCCAUGGAGCCUCCAGAUGUCGUCGGAGUCAUUGACAAGAAGAAGUUUGCCCACAGUGCAGCGCGGUCACGCAAGCAGUUUAAUUACACGAGAUUCCAAAAUGAUUUACGUUCUAGUCCAGUUAAAACUUUAAAUACUGCUGCUAAUUCACAGGAAGGAAGUCUGAUUGAUUUAUCGCCCGAAGAAUUAGCACUUAACGCCACUGGACUGAGAUCAUCAGAGUCCUGUCGCCGGGUCAUUAACAUUCUAGAUGAGCCGAUUGAUGCAGCUGUUGAACAAGACCAGGAUCCACGAACGUAUGAAAAUUUUCCUGGGAAUUCAUCCCAAGAUCCUUUUGACACCUCGAGAGUUUUUUUAAAUCAGCCCUCGCGUUACUACAGCCACGUUCCGGAGUCCAGUAUCCAGCAGUCACAGUCCCAGUCCUACAUGAACGUCUCCCAGGACAAUCAGUCCCAAUACUCGAGCAAUAAAAUAAAUCAGUACUCAAUAAAUCUCAAUAAAGACAUAAGAAGUGAGAACACUAAUUUGAAUGUCAAUUUACCUGAUGAUGAUGUUCUACCCAGAGAACACUACAGCGAAAUAGACAAGAGUCCCACGAUACCAAGUCCCAGUUGGCCAGAAGAUCUACCAGACCAGCAGUACGCCAACGUACGUUCAGGUUCAACUGGACCUGGAACUGGUCUGCCUCCAACGCCUCCACCCGUCGGACCAAACGAAAGUCCAUCGAAGCCCAAAUCAAAUCACGACCUCGCCCAGACCAUGAGCGAACUGAGCAUCGAAACCCACCCCGAGAGCUCGCAGUCAAAAAAACUGGACCCUGCAUUUUUAGCUGAGCUGGAGAAACAUCUCGGAGCUAAAGAAGUCUGCAAAAAUUCAAAUGAUCUCCAAGUUAAGUUACGUCCGCCCCCACAGUCAAAACGGUCGCCUCAGUCCUCUGGAAGUUCAAUCGCCAGCAACUUGCCCGUCAAGGUACAGAACUCAUGGCCAACUAAAAACGUAAACGUCAGACCAGUGAGUCAGAGUUACUCCAGCCAGACAUUACCCGUUGGUAAUGACGUCUGCGAAACCUCGACGGAAAUGAUAAUCGGGCAAAUGUGGCAACGCGCCCAGUCACCGCAGCAACAAAUUUACUCCCCGUCAAAUCAAAAUAUUUAUCAGGACCGAGUGUCCGGGUACCAGUCAAGUUCAAAUUUACUUCAAAUAGCGCCCGCACAAAAUAAAUUUGACAACUAUCAAAGUACAUCCUCAAAUUUGCGUCAAAAUUAUUCAAGUAGUUAUCAAAAUCAAAACCAUAAUUAUAAUUUGCCAAUGUUGACCCAAACAGUACAAAAUGAUUUGCAGCCGACCCGAGCAGCGCCACCUAGACCAUCAAAUGUACCAACGGGCGCUGUAUUGUCGGAGAAAGUCUAUGCAGAACUACGCGAAACUGUGCCAAAUUUAGAUAAAUUAUCGCAAAGUGAAUUCAAUACUCUCUAUAAUAAGACUGUCCAGCAAAGUAUUCUGAGGAAUCAGCAGCAGCAGCAGCAAUCAGCGAAUUCAAAUGCUAACCUAAACAUCAACAAUAGUACUGCUAAUAGCAACAUUAUGCUGAAUCACAGUCAAACAUUGCCGCGUAAUUACGGCACGCAAGUCCAAGAUCACCCGUUUGAUUUCAGUCCGAGUUUGAAGCAGCCGCCAGUUUACAACCCGCCGCCUGCAUGGAGUCCAAUGAAAGGACAAAAUGGAUUCAAAUCAAAUGUCCAGGCUAAUUUGAUCCAGUUCACGCCAACCAGAUCUCCAGGAACAGCUGCUGUUCCAAAUACGGCUGCGGCUGCUGGUGGCGCCACAGGUGGGCCAACUAGUGCCCGUAGUUUGCUUCCAUUGAUGAACGAGACUGUUGUAAAUACCCAGUUAGCUCCUUCGACAUCAGCGUAUCCUUCUGGUGUCAGUCCUCCAUUGACUGGCGCGUCUCAGCAACUUGUCAUGUCACUUAAUGACGAGUUUCGCGCCAGUAAAGUUAUGAAAGUACAAAAAGAUGCUGGUGACGCUUCGCAGAAAGAGAUAUUGGCAGCACUGCAAGCCACCGGCUGGGACACCAACCAGGCUGCUAAACAAAUACUUAAAGAUCGGCAAGCUAAAGUCGAAUCGUUGUCUAGGUUAGGUUUAGCAAGCAGACAACAAUGCGAAGCUGCCUUGAAACAAACGGAGUAUGAUGUGGAAUUAGCGGCUUCUUUCUUAUUGGAUAGUGUGAGAUAAUUAUUGAACAAAAUCAAAUAAUUAUUAACUUAAUUAUUUAAGUUAUACAGUAAUCAGCAUGAGGUUUUAAUUAGGGUCAUUUUGCCCCCCACCCACAUUUAAAAAAAAAAAUGAAUAAACUGUCACUGAAAUUAAAUGUCGUCUACAUUACGAUAUUCGGACUGAUUAAAACUUUUUUUUUAAUGCCAAUUGUUAGGACUUUCGAGAAUUUUCAUAAAAACUGUUUUUUUAACGCGAAUUAUGGAAUUAAAUUGAGCAGCGGCCUGCCAAGCUGGUAGCUGUGAGCAGCAAAAUAUUUAACCUUCAAAGGGUAUAGUCAAAAUUUUUUGCUGCGUGCAGCUACCAGCUUGGCAGGCCGCUACUUAAUCUUCGUAAUUUUUCGUUUAAAUCUGCGGUUUUUUUUACGUCAGACAAUAAGUCGUAAAUAUAAAGAGUGGCCAGCAAAUUUAAACACAAAAUUACGGCAUUAAAUUGAGUAGCGGCCUGCCAGGGUGGUAGCUGCUCGCAGCGAAAAAUUCUGACGAUACCGUUCAAUUUAAAUAUUUUUAAAAAGUAGGGGGCACUGGCUUAGAAUGAUCUUGAUAAUUAAUUAAUAUAUAUGGAUAAUUAUGUUGAUAUUUAUUUAAUCAGUUUCUGUGAUAAACGCGACUAAAGGCUCUAGAUUUUAUUAUUCUUUAGCUAUGACAUUUUUCUUAAAUUAGAUUUAAUUUUAAGAUACGUAAAGUUAUCAUGUAAAUAUUUCGAUAUUUAAUUAUUUAUUGUUAUGAAAAAUUACGUCAUUGAAAAUUUUUAAAAAACGCUCUCUUUGCUCGGAAAAAAUUACAAAUAUAUGAUAAUGUAUGUAAAAUACAUAUAUAUAAUUGUCACAUGUGAGAAUUUAUGUUCAGAAGGAUUUAAAAAUUCGCGGUAUUAUUCAAAUUGUUAACUGGAGAUUAAUGAGAAAUUAUUAAACGGUAUUUAAUUAGUUAUUAAGUUUGAAUUUAAGUAAUUACACGUAAGUGAGAGCUUGUUUAAUUAAACAAUUACAACGAACAAAUAUUAUUAUUGCUAGCAAUUGUUUUACUUUACUUUGCCGGCGGUUUCUUAAAAGUAUUUUACCCUCAUUAUUUAUUGCGUAAUUAAUCGAUUUAAUUAGACUACUGGAGUUUUAGUAAUCGAUAUUAAAUCAAGCGGAAUGUUGGCGGGUUAUUUAAAUAAAAUAAUAAAGAAACUUGUAUUUUUUAUAACGUAUUUUUUUUAUUAUUAUUUGAGAUUAAGAAUGAAUAAGUAAGCGUAUGUUAUUAUUAUUAUUAAUAUUAUUUUUAGCCAAUUGUAUCACCAAAAAUAUAUUUCGCAUAAUUAAUUAUAUGUAAUAAAGAAAUUCAAGUUUUAGUUUUUUAAAAGUUAAAUUUAAUACAAAAUGUUGUAAGAGUGAUAAUUUAGCGUUAU